AUGCUCCUUUAUGGAGAUGGGAUCCUCGACUGCAUACUCCCAUGUAUUUUUUUUCUCGGUAACUUAUCUUUCCUUGAUACCUGUUAUUCCACCAUCUGAGAGCCGUAUGUCUUGGCCCAAUGCUUCAGGGACUUCCCGACCAUCUCCUAUACCAGCUGUUAUGCCCAGAUGACCACAUCCCUCUUUCUGGCAAUGACAGAAUGUCUCCUCCUUGCUGUCGUGGCUUAUGACAGGUUUGUUGCAGUCUCUAAUCCUCUGCAUUACACUAUAAUUAUGAACAAUCAGGGCUGCAUACAGUUGGCCUUGGGAACCUGGACCAGUGCCUUUUUAGUAGCAGUCACACCAAUCAUUGCAAUUCCUGCUCGUUAUUGUGGACACAAUGUCAUAAACCAUUUUACCUGUGAGAUCCGAGCCCUGUUGAAACUCGCCUGCUCAGACACACCUGUCAGUCUUAUCCUGGGUCUGGUUGUCAGUGUGUUCACCCUGCCCCUUCCCUUCACCUUCAUACUCAUUUCCUACUUCUGCAUUGUGGCUGCCAUGAUGAGGAUUCAUUCUGUGGAAGCCAGGCUCAAAGCUUUCUCCACUUGUGGUUCCCAUCUGACUGCGGUCACCAUAUUUUAUGGAACAGGAAUGUACAUGUACUUGAAACCUCAGUCAAAGGAAUCCUGGAAAAAAGACAAAUUUAUCUCAAUACUUUAUGGAGCAGUUACUCCCAUGUUAAAUCCUUUCAUUUACACCCUGAGAAAUAAAGACGUAAAAGGUGCACUUAGGAAGUUAACCAAAGGAAAUGAAAAAUUCUAA